AUGACUUGUGGUGUUCCACUUGUUCAUCAUUCACAACUAUUUACAAACACUAGCCAGCUAGUAGUUAUUUAUCAAGUGAUGGCUGGUAGAAAAUUGGAGAGCUGCAAGACUGACAUAGUUCUCACUUUCUACAUUAUAGCUAUGUUGGUUUUUGUUCACAGUUGUGUGGCUGAGAAUGUAGUAGAAGACGUUGCUGCAAUUCCUCCAGCGCCAAUGGAAAGCUCAGGAGUGCAUCUUUGUGCCCAAGCUGUUUUUGUAGUCUUUGCUUUUGUGAUUGCCAGGAGGAAAUCUGAAGAGAAAAAGGCUAAGGAUAUUGGCCGGACAGACUAA